AUGAAAUGGCUGGAGAGUGAAGGGGAAGAAGGAAACAAGCAGCAGAGGCGGGAGAAGGACGAAGAAAAGGAAGAGCUCCAACUGACCUCUGGUGUUCACAUUAUACGCCCCGGGGUGAAGCGCGACCAGUCUCGACAGUUCAUACAGCAGUCCCCCUCCGGCCGUCUAUCCGUCUGUUUGGCUGGCUGGGCUGGGGCUGGCUCUGGCUCUGGCUCCAACGGUCACAACAAAACGGCGGCAAGGCAACGUACAGUGAGCGAGGAGCUUGACGGGGCCCAGCGGGAGCAGAAAGGACGAGGACAGACGCUUGUCUUGCUUUCCCCUUGCCGUGGCCGUUUAUAUGCUGGUUGUGGUGCUGGUGGUUGGUGGUUGUGGUUGGCGGUGGUGGUCGUCGUGGUGGACGCUGGCGGAGAUCUCUGUCUGCACGCAACACCUGCGAGACUGCGGACUGCGAGCGGCCAGCAACGAAAACGAAACGAAACGGAGCAGCGUUUGCUUUCUGUUUCAGCGAGAGGAAACGAAGAGACGCAGCUCAGCAAAGGCAGCGGCUUGCGAUGGAGGACAAAGAGAGGGACUUUUUUGCUCGUCGUCGUCGUCGUCGUCGUCGUCGUCGCCGUCCGGGAGGUCGUUUUGGUGGUGGUGGUGGUUGGCCUGAAGAAAGCGGACGCAGAGACGAGAGAGAGAGAGAGAGAGAGGAAGGAAAAAAAAGCCACCCACGGCCAGCAGAAGAAGCAAAAAUCAAAGAAGUAUCAGCAAGAGGUCGCACAGCGUGUGAAACUACGGCGUACAAAGGCAACGGGCAGCGAGGGACAAGGCCGGUACACGACAAUGACCUGA